AUGCGGUCUCACUUCCUCUUGGGGACCCUGCUGGCUUUUGCAAGUCAUAGUGCGUUCGUGCGAGGUUUUGUCGUUGACAAUACUCAGUUCUACAAGUCUCUUGAGGUGAGUAUGACCGGCCAUGCAGGAAUUGGACAGUGAUAUCCGUUUGUGAGUCAAGCAAGCACUCGGGGCAGCCGCACUGACUGGCGGCUGCUUCUCGCCCCACCAACUGCAACCUGCACACAGCAAAAUUCCAUCGACAUCAAGGGCGACUUCACGCUCAAAAGUCGAUUGACGAACAAGUACCUCACGUUCACCCGCCAACCUACCGGGCACGGCGGAGACUCGAAGAUGAGCAUCGUCACCCAGUCUCAACCUGCCGUGCUCGGCUUGGAGUGGAUCUCCUCCAAGGCAACCAGCGGGAAGAGGACAGGUAGUUUUGCUGGUCUCAGGAUCUCGUCUCAGAAGCGCUGUGUCGCGUCGCAAUAUGGCAGAUCGAAGCCGGACAGGGGAGGGGGCGAUGUCGUCGGGGUCGCUUACUCGUGCAAGACACGCGGGGAUCCCACCAUCGUCAAAGCAAUGUGGUUCGCUUUCGACUGCGGUUCCCCUUCUAACCGAUUCGUCGAUCUGUUGGAACGGCUCCGCGACCACGACUCACAGAAGGCCGGAGACUAUCAUUGGCGAAAGAACAAUCCCGGACCCGCUCAUCGCCAGCGCCCUCGCAACCAGCACAGGCAUCGGAAACCGCCGCAUCCUCGCUCUCGCUCCCGUGGCCGCGGCCACCGUCACCGUUCUCAUCCUCAUCCUCGCCAUCGUCAUAGUCGUCGCCCUCGUCCUCGUCGUCGGCCCGGCCAUCGCCCCGGCCAUCGCCCUGGCCAUCGCCCUCGCCUUCACCCUCGCCCUCGCCAUGGUCAUCGUACACUCCACUCGCAUCAUCAUCAGCCUCAUCAUCACCGUCGAUCUGAAAUUUCAGUUGCUCGGAGUGGUCCGGAUGCCAUGA